AUGUUAGCAUUAUUAGUAGCUCAUUUCGUGCUUCUGCCUCAUCAAUCCGAAGCAGCCGUGAUAGAACCCUCCCAAGAAGACGUGCUUCUGGCGAUAAAAUCCGAAUGGGGCGAAUUCGACGGCUCAGAUUCGUGGAUCUCAGGAGCGGACUGCUUCAAGUGGUCGGGCAUCAGCUGCACCCGCAAUGGCGACGUCAACGGGGUGAUGCUCAUUUCGUCACGGGUUACCGGAAGUAUUUCGCCCAACUUCGGCGACCUAUCGGCCCUCGAGAGCCUCACCCUCGUGGGGAACAAUCUGACCGGCUCGCUUCCUGCCGAAAUCAGCAACCUUCGGUUCUUACGGGAGCUGUACAUUUCGGGAAACGGAGACGGAUUAUCGGGAACUUUUCCAGAGACUGUCACGGCGCUUACGGAUCUGUCCAUUCUUAUCCUCUCGGACAACCAGCUGACAGGCAACCUUCCGCGAGGGAUUGGCGAGCUUACGAACCUGGUAACCCUCUCCUUGAGCGAAAACAGACUCGCGGGACGGAUUCCUCGCGAGAUUUCGACACUGCAUCGGCUGACGUGGCUAGACCUCGCCUCGAACCGACUGGAAGGAGUCAUCCCGCCGCAACUCGCGUCGCUGCGGUCCCUUGUGGAGCUUUCGUUGGAAUCCAAUCGCCUUUCGGGAUCCAUACCUUCCAGUUUCGACAAAUUUCGCGUACUUCGCACGCUUCGCCUGGGACACAAUGUCCUCUCGGGCGACCUCCCUUUCAGCGCGAUUAACUCCAUGCGGCGGCUGGAAGUGCUUGACCUUCAUCGCAACUCGUUAUAUGCGUCUUCGUUAGCGCCACUAGCGGUGCACCCUUCGCUACAGUACAUCGAUGUUAGCUGGAAUAAAAUCUCGGGCAGCUUUCCAGCGGAGUUCGGGCAGAUGAAGAACCUGACGGGGCUGAAUCUUGCAGGCAACGCGUUGCAAGGGAAGAUUCCACGGAACCUGUUGGGAAAUGGGUCUCAGCUCAACUACCUCAACCUGGCUUAUAACGGAUUCGAUGGAAUCUUCCCGUGGACGGCGCUACGCGGAAUGGAACACCUCGAUAGUAUCACGCUGAGCCAUAAUCGCUUUGUGGGUAUCGUGCCUCGCGAUGCCCUAGUCAACGUCCCUCUGAGCUUCCUCAACAUCUCCCAUAAUUUCUUCUCGGGGAGAUUGCCGGACUUUGCCCGACCAAAUGAAGAUUUCGCAGCUGAUUUCAGAGGAAAUUUCUUCUACGGGACGUCUUCCACGUCAGCAGCGCAACAUGACGCGUCAGCGCAUCUGCAAAGUUCUCAGCCACCCUAUGCCUCCCUUCAGCCGCUGCUGCCGCACUCUCGCCAGCCUUAUUCUCAUCAGCCGUUUUCUCGUCAGCCGCCUUUUCAGCCACACCAGCGGCGUUGGUUGUCUGACUCGGCUGGUCAACUCGAGAUUCCGAAAGAGAAGCUCUUCUCCAAGGUGCUGGUGGCGAACAGGGGGGAAAUAGCAUGUAGAGUCAUGAAGACAGCGCGGGCACUGGGCAUUCGCAGUGUGGCCAUCUACUCCGAGCCCGACGUGGAGAGCCUGCACGUCCGCAUGGCAGAUGAAGCCGUCUGUGUGGGCCCAGCACCAACAGCGCAGAGCUAUCUGAACACGGAUGCAGUGCUGGAAGCGAUCAGGAGCACCGGGGCUGACGCUGUGCACCCUGGCUAUGGCUUCCUGUCAGAGAACGCCCUGUUUGUGGAGCGGCUGGAUGAGGAGGGUGUGACGUUCGUGGGGCCCAAUCUCAACGCCAUUGACGCCAUGGGGGAUAAGAUUCACAGCAAGCGGUUGGCAAAGGAGGCCAAGGUGACCACCAUUCCGGGGAAGGAGGACGUCAUUAGAGAUGAGGACCAUGCGGUUGAGAUCGCGCAAGAGGUGGGCUUUCCAGUCAUGCUCAAGGCGUCAGGUGGAGGAGGAGGCAAGGGCAUGCGCGUCGCAUGGAACGAGAAGGAGGUGCGGGAGCAGUUCAGUGUGUGCAAGGCGGAGGUCUCAUCCAGCUUUGCUGACGACCGCAUCUUCGUCGAAAGGUUCAUAGACAAGCCAAGGCACAUCGAAGUGCAGGUCAUGGGGGAUAAGCACGGCAAUGUGGUUUGGCUACCGGAAAGAGAAUGCUCCAUUCAAAGGCGAAAUCAAAAGGUGAUAGAGGAGUCACCCAGCACGUUCCUGGACGAGGCCACGAGGGAGGCCAUGGGAGAGCAGGCCGUGUCCCUUGCCAAGGCAGUGAAUUAUGACUCUGCUGGCACGGUGGAAUUUCUAGUAGACGCGCAGCGGAACUUCUUCUUUCUGGAGAUGAACACGCGCCUGCAGGUGGAGCACCCAGUCACGGAGUGCGUCACGGGUCUCGACCUCGUGCACCUCAUGUUCCACUCCGCUGCCGGCCAUACGCUGCCCAUCGACCAGGAGAGGGCGAGGAAGAUCCACGGGUGGGCGUUGGAGUCCCGGGUUUACUGCGAGCACCCCUUCAUGAACUUCCUCCCGUCCACGGGCAAGCUGCGCAGGUACCGGGAGCCCAAGGAGGUGCGGACGCCGACUGAGAUCGUGCGGCUAGACACAGGGGCGGUGGAAGGGCAGUACAUCUCCAUGUACUAUGACCCACUGCUCUCUAAGCUGAUCACGUGGGGCCCAACCAGAAAGGACGCCCUAGAGUCCAUGAAGCACGCCUUGGACCGCUAUUACGUGUGCGGGCCGUUCAACAACAUCUCCUUCCUCCGCUGCAUCUUCUCACAGCCGGCGUUUGAGUCAGGCGAUAUCAGCACCAAGUUCCUGGACAUCCACUACCCGAAUGGCUUCACAGAUGACAGACUGACACCCAGAGAGGAGAAAGAAGUUGCAGCUAUUGCAGCCUUUCUCGACAUUGUCAAAUCCCGGAGGUCUCUGCUAGCUGUCAACGCUGCCGCCCCUGGCACGCCCGGCGCAAUAGGAAACGGGCACCUGGCACACGCCGGUUGGGCGGAGGAGGAAGGAGAGGGGGGGGGAGAGGAGGGAGAGGAGGAUGGGGGGGAGGGGCUGAGGGGGAAAGCGGAGUUGGUGGUGAGUUCGGAUGGGGUGGAAUAUCCUGUGGUUGUGCGGCAUUGGAGCAACGAGAAGAAGCCGCACCUCUGUGUCGCUGACAUAGAGGUGGGAGGGGAGGUUAUUCGGGUGGAGGAGGCAGUGCCAGUGGGGCUGGGGCGAGGGGUGGUGGAUAUCCGCGUGGAUGGGGAGGACACCGUGUGCAUGGUCAUGGAGAAGCAUGCGAGAGGGUUCAAGCUCGUAUAUGACGGCUGCACCAAGGACGAGGUGCUGGUGCAUCAGAAGAAGGUGGCGCCUCUACAGAAGUACAUGCCGCCCAAGAAGGUUCAAGACGUAUCAAAGAUGGUCAAGGCUCCUAUGCCUGGUGCAGUGGUUGCAAUUGGUGUCAAGCCAAACAAGAAGGUGCUUCCUGGCGAUGAGCUGAUAACAAUUGAAGCCAUGAAGAUGCGGAAUGUUUUACGUGCUGAGGAGGCGGCCACUGUAAAGGCUGUAUAUGUAAAGGUUGGGGCCUCUGUGUCGCUGGGCGAGACCUUGAUCGAGUUUGAGUAA